GCCACCAGAGCUCGCGGAGUGCCAUUCAAGGAGGAGGUGGCUGGCUGGCUGCAGGUGCGCGAGGCAGUCAGCGGCGCGAGCCCUUUCCCCGCCCCCUUCCUCAACCUCAACGGUCUCUCAGUCCGCCUCGAGCCGCAGCCUGUGGAGGAUGUGAGGCGCCGGGGCUGAGCUGCCCAAGCAGCUUCCCUCAGAAGAGAAGGCCCCGCCGCCUUCCUUGGGAGUCGCUUGUGUUUGGCUCUCUCAGGAAGGCCGCUAUGUCGAACCCCUCGGCCUCCUCUUCCUCCCAGACGCCUCCUCACCCCCAAGGCCCCCCGCAGAGGAUGCGCCGCGCUGCCGCCGCCUCCCCCACCAGUAACGGCGGAAGUAGUUGCAGCGGGACGGCGAGUAACGGCGGGAGUAACGGCGGAGUAACGAGCCGCCUGCUCCAGCCCAUCCGCGCCACCGUCCCUUACCAGCUCCUGAGGGGCAGCCAACACAGCCCGACCCGUUCCCCUGUGGCCUCGGUGGGAAGCAACACCGGACCCGGAGGGAGCUCCCCGCCGCCGCCGCCGCUGAGCAGUUCCACCCCGCCUCCGCCUGCCACCACCACCCCGGAGGCGUCGACGGCUGCUUCUGCUGCCUCUGCGAGGGCGAAGGCCAGGCCGAGGCGCUCCCCCGACACCAGCAACAGCCACCAGCCCCCGGGGCGGAGGAGAAGCAUCUCCCCCGAGCGGAGGAGCCCCAGCUCGCCCAUCUACCGAGUGGACAGGCCAAAAGCCCAGCAAAUUAGAACUUCUAGCACUAUAAGACGCACCUCUUCGUUGGACACAAUAACAGGACCUUACCUCACAGGACAGUGGCCACGAGAUCCCAACAUACACUAUCCUUCUUGCAUGAGAGAUAAAUCUACACAGACACCUAGCUGUUGGGCCGAAGAGGUAUUAGAAAAGAGAUCUCAUCAGCGUUCAGCUUCAUGGGGCAGUGCUGAUCAACUAAAAGAAAUUGCCAAACUGAGGCAGCAGCUCCAGCGCAGUAAACAAAGUCGUCACAAUAAAGAAAAAGAACGUCAGUCACCUCUCCAUGGCAACCAUAUAGCAAUCAAUCAGACACAGGCUUCUCUCUCAAGAUCAGUCCCUAUGCCACUGUCAAAUAUUUCAGUGCCAAAAUCAACUGUUUCACGUGUGCCAUGCAAUGUAGAAGGCAUAAGCCCUGAAUUAGAGAAAGUGUUCAUAAAAGAAAACAGUGGAAAAGAAGAUGUGUCCAAGCCCUUGGAUAUUCCUGAUGGCCGAAGAGCACCGUUACCUGCUCACUAUCGUAGUAGCAGCACACGCAGCAUUGAUACGCAAACACCUUCUGUCCAGGAGCGCAGCAGCAGCUGUAGUAGUCAUUCCCCUUGCAUCUCUCCCUUUUGUCCUCCUGAAUCUCAGGAUGGGAGUCCUUUUUCCACAGAAGACAUGCUGUAUGACCGUGACAAAGACAGUGGGAGUAGCUCACCGUUGCCCAAGUAUGCCUCCUCUCCUAAACCCAACAACAGCUACAUGUUCAAACGAGAGCCCCCAGAGGGAUGUGAGCGAGUGAAGGUCUUUGAGGAAAUGUCGACUCGUCAGCCUGUCUCAGCCCCUCUCUUUUCAUGUCCUGACAAAAACAAGGUUAAUUUCAUCCCAACCGGAUCAGCUUUCUGUCCUGUAAAACUUCUGGGUCCUUUACUCCCUGCUUCUGACCUAACGCUUAAGAGCUCUCCAAAUUCUGGUCAAAGCACCGCUUUGAGUACUCUGACUGUUGAGCAGCUUUCCUCUCGGGUCUCUUUCUCCUCUCUGUCGGACGACACCAGCGCAGUGGACUCUACGGAGGUCUUAGUCCAACAGCCAUCCCAUCAACCACCACAGCUUUUACAAGACCUGCAGUCUGAAGACCAUGCCCUUCCUCAAAAUUACGUAAUAAUUUAGAUCAAGUCAGAGUAUCAGUUUGAAACUCAAUUGCAUGAGUGGCAAUUUUUCCAGAAAACAAAACAAAGCUACUUAUCAUAUUCUUUCUAUAUUUCAGUGCUGUUUUUGGCAGGGACAGAAUGCUCUUACUCAGCAUUUGUGUGUUGCGCAUAUUUGGGUGGGAGGAACAGAAUGUUUGUAGGAUCUGAGUAUCAUUAAGCAUUUUAAGUGAAGACUAUGCAUUUCAUAGAAUGUUUGGCCAGAUUAGUACUGAGUCCUGUUUCAAAUUUUACAGUAUAAAUAAGCUCUAUAUCAAACAGAGGUUGCCUGUCUAAAUAGAAAAUGUAUUGCUGUGUUGUGUUCUAUGGAAAAUACUGUAUGUCAGGAUUAUGUUUACAAUUUAUCCAGGUAUUUAUGUUUUGAACUUCUGUAAUACAUACAAUGCAAAAAAAGAAAAAUAUAUGGCCACACCAGUUGCACAGUGCCCACCCUAUGGCCUAGCUUCAGGUACUUCUCUCGAAGUCUAAACUCAGGUAACUUGGAAUGUAUAUCACGUUGGGAUAUAAAAUAUUUUACAGCUAAAAAGCUAAAGAGGGUACAUCACUCUUCUGCCUUUCAUUAUUUUAUGCAUACAUAUUUCCUCAUUACAUUCCACUUUCUUGGGAAAAGUGCAUUCAAAUCUAGAGAAAUAACUUACCCUUGACAUGGGUAAAAACGUGAGGAGAACCAGCAAAUUGUGAUGUCUGUCAUUACAUUGUCAUGUGGUUACAAGUGAAACAA